AUGUCUGAUUCUAGCUCUUCUCCAGAACAUUCUUCUCCCUCCUCUGGUUCAAACAGCCCUUCCAACUAUUCUUGCCACCACACCAGUCCCCCAGACGAGACUCACACCUGUUACCAUCCUUAUCAUUCUGGAUUCUCGGAGGGCUAUCUCCCACCUCUCCUUUUUCGUCUUGAUCCCCCGCAAAACCGAGAAGAUGGCAUUGUAACAGAGCUGGAAGAGGAUGGAGCGAUCGUACAAGACCAGGAGGGAGCUUCCAUUCGCGACUUCUCUUUCCUGCCUCGUUAUAUAGCGUCAAACCCACCCACAUGGCUGAUCGAGUACUGGAUGCGUACCGACGCCCGCCUGACGUAUCGCGACAUCAAGGCACGCAUGACCGCUCCCCGGGACCAACAGCCCACCGAGAAUGCCCUGAACAUGCGCCGCGAGAGAGAAGUCCGUGGUCCUCUGGGUCUUUCCUGCUGGGCCGCCCGUCGGGGCAGGACCAGCCGCGUUGCUCGCAUUGACCUGGAACGCAUGGAGUGUUGGACCUAUGAUCAGGUCCAUAUGAACACGACCAUGGAGGUUGAAUAUAGGUUCGUUGAAGGAGCCGGGCACCCGGUCCCCUUUCGUCUGCGAUCCAAGUCUCUCGCCUUAGACCCUGUGGAAGACGUAUACUAUCCUCUGGACACGUUUGUCGGGGACGAUGGCACUCAUGUCCCCUCCGACAGGACCAGGACGGCGAUGGACACGUUCUUUGAAGUCUCUGAGAGAGCACGGGAACAGGGUUUGGACUCUUGGCGGCGUCUUCCUGCUGAGGAUAUCCCCGUCGCUUGGAAGCAAUAUCAAGAAAGACCGAGGCGCCUUAGUGCUAGAAUCAUUGACGAUCAGGACGAGGGUGAGGCUGCUGAGGAGGAGUCAUCUGAGGAAUCAGUUGGUGAUGUAUCCUCCCAGGAGGAAGCGGAUUACGAAGACCCCGAGUAAACUCCGUUGGGAGACCAGGGUUGCCCCUGGUCAUGAUUAGGGUAUUCCCCAGAGCUUAGUUUGCUUAAGUGGAGGUACUAUGAUUCCAUCGCGCCGGCUACUAGUUCGCACGCUACUGUUCACUGUGGCCUGGGUGUACUUCUUCAGUCAGCCUAGACCGGCUUUCUAUCAGUUUCGGGUCUUUGGUUCUGUUUUGGCAAAGCUUUG